ACUUUGUAUUAGGAUUGUCGGCGGCGGGGCAUGUGGCUUUUGAUGUUUGAAGAUUCAAACUUUUCAAAUUAAUAUUGUAGCAUCUGAUUUGACCGACAUGCACACGAAUUGAAACAUUUUAUUAAGGUAUGUUUCGAAGUGUACACCAUCUGCUAUAUUUCAUAUCACCAUGUCGUAUAAACACAGCUUUUGAAAGGGGCCAUUUUGUUUCGUGGGAUGUUAUGAGGAGAUAACUCAGUUGUGUUUUUAGUGGAAUUAUUUUAUUUGAGGAUUAAACACUCUUCCUAAACACAUCAAUUGCUGCCUGCAAUUUCAUUUGGGAUUUAAUUGUGGUGUUUUGUAUAUCUGGUGUUUCAGUGACCGUUUUCGACAGGUGCGCGAACGCUUCAGAAUAGCAAUGCAAUUUAGCCAUUGUUUCCCAAUAAUACUAUGUUCUGAUGUCGUUAGUUGAUGAAAAUGAGCUGACAGAAACCCAAAGCUGGGUUAUAUCAAGCAACAUGACAUCUAGCAGGGUGUGCCAAUUUCUCUCAGAGAGUGGAGGUAGCAAUUUUACAGAAACUGCUCCACGGCCACCCGUGCCAGGUGAAGAAAAUGAGAUUCAGUCAAACGGCGGAUUAUCAACAAAAAGUAGCGAAUCUCAUAAAAGUAACAAGUCGUGUAAGAGUGGUGGAUCAAAUCGUGAUAUAACUACACAUUCGCCUGCUGCUACACCGAGACGGUCUAUGAAAGAUAAGUCUCUCAUAUCUAACCAAAGUUGUUGUGUAGACGACGAGGAUAUGACAGCUCCCUUGGGUUUUGAACCAGAAGGGAGUGUGUCCAACUCUCCUCCUUUUACUGAGAAUAGUACACCACCAUAUAUGAAAUGGGCUGAGAACUUGAGUUAUCUGUUAGAAGACAGAGAUGGUGUCCAUUUAUUCAAACAGUUUUUAGAAAAUGAGGAUUUUAAAUGUUAUUCUGUGGAUUUUUAUUUUGCAUGUGAAGGAUUAAAGAGAAAGCCCCCAGAUGAUGUAGCUAAUAUACAAAGCAUAAUCCGAGCUAUUCAUAAAAAGUAUAUAAAAACUGAUAAAUUACCAUGCAUCUCAGAACUGACUAGGCAUUAUAUUCAUGAAAAACUUCAAAAAAGAACUUUUGCAGCAGGUCAGGGGAUAUUUGACCAGGCCCAGAACGAGGUAGAGGAGCAUAUGCGUAAAAAUACAUAUCCAUUAUUCCUUAAAAGUGAUCUUUUCGUUCAAUAUAUUCAAAAGGAAGGUGAAAGAAGUCCAAAAAGUACUAGUACUAGUGGUUCAAAUAGUGUACGUCCAACAUCAGGGCCUCUUCCUACUCUUUUAGAAGAUCAGGAACUUAAUAAUGUGUCGGGUUGUGAUAUGGACGGUCCACCUAGUGCUUCUAAAACCAGUGUGAAGAGAGUUGUGAAUGAACCAUUUAAUUUUUCAUAUCCAUCGGUUCCAAGGGUACCCUCAAUACCACAUACCUACCAAUCCUAUGCUCCUACCUCUCUCCAAGACAGCGAGAUCCAGAGCAUUUCCAGUGCCAGCGAUGCAUUAACUGACGACACUCGUUCCCAGACAGAUAGUAGCAUAGAUGGUGAUUUAUAUAAACACAAGAGAAUGAGGAGAAAACUGAGACUGAAAGCAGAACAAAAUAAAGAAAGUAACUUUAAUCAGCCUUUUAUUCCUAGAACAAAUCGCCCGCCUAAAGAUCGAAACAUAGCAGAAACUGAUCCGAAAGCUUUCGCAGAAGUAUUGAUAGACAGGUUAAAGAAGGUUGAACAAAAACAGGAAAACGAUGAAAGGAUAAGAGCUAACAUGAGCAGAGUUUUAGAUGAGAGUGAUAUAGACAAUCCUGGAAACAGGUCAAUGACAUCGUCAUUUUCACAAAACAAUAACACUACCUCCGGUUCAGUGCUACCUUUAAUGACUUCUACUGUGAUAGACGAGGCGAAUGCUGAUUCUAUAUUAGAGGAACAUUGUUCUCGGAUAUGGGAAAGUUCGGCACAACAAACGCCCAGUCUGUCGCCUGGGAGACAUAGUCCUCCAAACACAAAACCAAAGUCCCCUGAUAGAAAUAAAAAGAUGCAAUCCUUGCCGUCAGCUUCACGGACACUUCAUCAUAAAAAACGGCCCGAUUAUCAUUCAUCUUUCGAUAGUGGAAUGGGAGAUGAAAAAGCUAUUGAAACUCAUCGUCAUAUACAUCACCACCACCAUCAUCAUCAUACAAAAGAGUCUCGGUGUAAAAUAGAAAGUGACGCUCAAAAGAUUUAUUUCGGUAAUGAUAAAGGACGAGGCAGUCGUAAACAUUCUGACACUGAAAGUAAAUUUGAUAGUGGUGUUAGUAUGAUCGAUUCAAUACCUUCCAUGCCAAACAUGAAAGAUCCUUCAUCAGAAAAGGUCCUUAAUUGGAUGAUGGACAGUGAUCGUAUGGGUGGUACUAAUACUGCAGAUUCUGAUAAAGCCUCAUCUCAGAAACGUGUUCGAUCUACUGCUUCUUCCACGCCUGCUCCCAGAAAACAAAUAUCAAAGAAAUCAGGUCAUGGAGCAAGCCGUUCUGCUUCAGUGGAUCGUAGCGCUAUGAUGAUGAGUGCACCACCUCCAUCAGGAGCUAUGCCGUCACAACCUUUUAUGCAGGAUCCAUCCAUGCCCAUCCUCCAACCUACAAGUAUAACUGUACAGCUGGAGGAAGCCAAGCGUCGGUUAGAAGAAUCUCGCACCGUUCCCCCAGUUAAAUCUAAGUCUUUCGGUGGUAUUCCCAGUAAUCAGUGUGAAUUGUAUAAUUGUAGGUCUUUCGGUGGUAUUCCCAGUAAUCAGUGUGAAUUGUAUAAUUGUAGGUCUUUCGGUGGUAUUCCCAGUAAUCAGUGUGAAUUGUAUAAUUGUAGGUCUUUCGGUGGUAUUCCAGCUGCUAAAGAGAAGAAACCAAAUACAACAUCCCAGGGUAACAUGAAACCUCUACCUACAACCAGAACUGUUCCGUGUGAUUUAGACAUGUCAUUUGAUACUAUUGCUGUAGAUAAAAAGAAGAAGUCACCAAACAGCAGUGCUAAUACCUCAGGCUCUACUGGUGAAGAAAUCGUGAUAGGAUAUUAUUUCUGCCAGGAGCCAAUACCAUACAAAAUUACAGUACCUGGUCAUAAUGUAACUCUAGCUCAGUUCAAACAUCUUAUUGGAAGAACAGGAAACUAUAGAUAUUUCUUCAAGAAGAAAAGCAAUGAAUUUGGUGAGGAGGGAGCAGUGUAUGAGGAAAUUAAAAAUGACUCUGAAAUUUUACCAUUAUGGGAUGGUCGAAUUAUUGCAAAAGUGACUAAGAAUGAUUAAUAAUAAUACGUAAUUUAUUGUAUAAUGUGUACAUAGUUGUGUAUAUUUGUAUAAAGACUGUAAAGAGCUGUGACUCAGGGUUUAACCACCAGGUGGGGCCAUUAUCAACCAUGGUGGGUUAUUUAUGGAUUCAGUUUACGGGUUACAUAUCAGGGCUUCAUAAAAAUUGUAUCCAGAGGGUAGAAUGUUUUGUGUUGGAGGAUAACACAGUUGAAAUUGUAGAUGUUGUCAUUCAAUUUUUAUUGUUUAUAAAUUGACUAAUUGACUAUCAGAUGUCAUGUUAUUUAAAAAAUAUCCAAAAUACGGCUAUUCAGUAGAAAUAUUUUUAUGCACACAUUCUCUUAUUUUCAAAUCUGAACUAGAAGAGCUCUACAAUAACAAUAGUUGAGCUCUCCUCUUCAAUGACAUUCUGCCAUUCUGAGGUACAUUUUGUGACAGCCCUCAGUAAAAUAUCAUGUAUAUUAAAAGCACAGAACUUUAACCAUCCUCAUGGAAUUGCUGUCAUUAUUUUGUUAUUUUAAAUUAUGCAUAGACUUUUACUGUGUUUUAAGUUAUGAAUUUUUAGUUUUAUGUAAAUCAUGGUUGUUUGUAUGUUUGUAAGCAAGUUACUUUAAUGAAAUACUUCUGUUCUAGGAAAUUAUCUGAACUGAAAAACUAUGAUAUUUAAUUUUACUGCCUAUAAGAGUUAAAUUUUGGAACCUGAAUGGAAAUAUCAUGGAAAUUUACCAAGUUUGUUGAUUUAAGUCAAAUAUUAGAGAAGUAAUGCUUGAAAAUAGAAUUCCUUAAGAAAUAAUUCUUUUUGUGAAAAUAUAGACAGAAAAGUAAUUGUGCUUACAUACAUAUAGGAUAAUCCAUUCUGGUUGUGUUUAUCGGAUGGCAUUGAUUGUUUUUGAGUUGUUUGAACUUGUAAAACCUAGUCCAACUAUCAUGUUAUUCAUUUUAUACAACACGUGUGUAAGGGAAUAGAUUUAACCAAUGAAAUAACCAGUUUUAUUUCUGUACAAAGAACGGUUUUAAUUUUGAAUUCAAGGGAAAUAAUUGUUUUUUUGUUAACCCUGGCCUACACAUUUUACUGGUGCUAUUUUUAUUUGUGUAAAGUGUUUUCUUUCUAAUUAAUCUAUUAAGAAGUUACAUUUUCAUACAAUGUAGGGUUUGAUUUUUAUUUCACAAACUAAAUUGAUUCACUUGUUUCUGGAAAUUGUGAUAAAAAUAAAAUGCAAUAUAGAGAAACAUCAAUAUAGAGAAACCUAACUCUGUAAUGGAACAUUUUAACCUUCGUUUCAAAUGUAGUUUCGUCUUUUGGAAGGUUAAAUUGUUUCAGAUUUUGAUUGUAGUGAAAAGUAGACCUAUUUAGCAACACUCUUUGUUUCGUGAGGAUUUUAGAACUCCUCAAAUAUAAGGGUUGUUAGAUUGGAUGCUGUGUUUACCAUAACCAAGUAAAGACAAAGUCAAAAUAAGAUUUCUAGUAAAAAAAGCUUUAAAAUUUUGAUGUUAUAUCUUCAUCAAGAUGAAUAUGUGUAGUUUCUGUGUAGAAUAUAAUCUCCCCAAUUGGAUUUUCAUGAAAUUUUUUUAUGCUGUUAGGUGAUAUGAGGUUAUAUGAAACUAGCAAAUUUUAUUCAUUUUAGUAAAGUUUUAUUUGAACCCGUUGAUUUUAAAGUUAUAAAUGUAAUGAAAUUUCUAUUUUUACUUAAUUUUUUUAUAAUUUUUUUUCAAUAUUAAGGAACGAAACACUUCAAACAUGAAAUAAACAAAUAUCAGAAAGCCUUAUAAAAUCCAUGUAUGUCUAUGGAUUAUUCUUUUUUCUUAAUAUGAUUCCGCAAGAAAGGAAUGCUGCUGUUUCAAACAGAAGUUUGGCCGUAGAAAUUCCUUCUUUUAAACGUAUCAUGAUUAAGUUAUUGUUCAUCUAUUAGCCCUUCAUUGAAGACUAAAUCAAUACUCAGUAUAUAGAUUGACGUGCUACUGAAAAUGUAACCUCUCAGUUUAUAGAUUGACAUGCUACUGGAAGUGUAACCUCUCAGUUUAUAGAUUGACAUGCUACUGGAAGUGUAACCUCUCAGUUUAUAGAUUGACCUGGAAGUGUACCUGUAGAAUUUGAACUGUGCCUGUGUUUUCUUUCUUGUUAACUUCAUAAUAAUAUUGAAACUGUGUCAUCACUGAUUCUGAAUACUUCAAAACAAAUUUUACCAUAUGUAAAAGAACAAAUUUCAUGAAUAAUUUAACUCUGGUGAAAAAAUUCAUCACAACCUUUUUUUUAAAUAACUACGACCUUAAAAGCAUAGACAGGACUUCAUACCUCUCACAUCUUAUGUAUUGGUUUUGUUGAAAAAAUCUUAAACAACUUCUUGAAUUAUUUUAUUUGUCUGUUUUUGAGUCAUGAUACUAUUAUAUUAAAACUGAAUCAUGGAAUGAUUAUAUUUGUAUUAGGAUUAAAUCUGUCAUUGAAUUCGCCAUGACAAUUCAGGGUAUAAUUUCAUCAGGGAUCAUCUCAAAAUGUAAUUUUACUUUCCAAUUAAUCUCAGAACUCUUUGACUUUUUUGAACUUUUUCUCUAAAAUGUUUUAUAUAAUUUCUUUUCAUGAAUGCAUUAUUGACUUUUUAAUACACUCAUUUUCAAAUGAUUUAAACUUUUGAGAUGACCCAGACAAAACUGCUGUAUCUUUUCAUGUUACAUAUGGUCUAUGAAACCAGUGUUCAACAUAAUAAACUACAAUUUAAAAAUAUGCAUUUUUAUUGUGUAAUUACUCAGUUAGUAUGAUGCCCGGAGAUGAAUAAAGUAGGUACCAAAUUUGGUAUCAGUUAUUAGUAAACCUUUUUAUUUUGACAUGUAUAGUACCAAAUUUGUUCAUACAAACUGAAGGAAUAGUGCUUUUAAAGUUGUUGAAAUGUUUUGUUUUGUAAAUUAAGACCGUUUUAUAUGCAUUAUUUUAAGAAAGUAUUUCUUUUGAAUA